CCAAACCAAUGCCUCGCCCAACCCUCGCCGCCGCCAGCAGCAGCAGCAGCAGCAGCAGGAGCAGACAUCCGGCGAAGCGCCGAAAAGCUCGCUCGCUGCUCCGCCGCCUCGCCCGCUUCUCCGCGCGCAACACCUGGGCCAUCCCCCUCGCGCUGCUCGCGUGCUUCGGCGCCGCCUACGCCGUCCACCCGGCCGAGUCGAACCCGGUCCACCACUUCAUCUUCCUGUCGUACCGCCAGCCGAACCCCCUCGCCGACCUCGACCCGACGCUCCCCGCGCACUAUGGCAAGGGCCUCUGGGACAUCGCCUUUGUGGCAUUCUACACCAUCGUCCUGACCUUCUCGCGCGAGCUCAUGAUGCAGGAGCUGCUCAUCCCGCUGGGCCGCCGCAACGGCAUCAAGAGCCGGGGCAAGCUGCAGCGCUUCGCCGAGCAGAUGUACACGGCCAUCUACUUCAGCCUCAUGGGCCCGGCGGGCGUCUACGUCAUGAGCCGCAGCCCCGUGUGGUACUUCAACACGGCCGGCAUGUAUGAGGCGUUCCCGCACCGCACGCACGAGGCCUGCUUCAAGUUCUACUACCUGUUCCAGGCGGCGUACUGGGCGCAGCAGGGCAUCGUCAUGCUGCUGGGCUUCGAGAAGCCGCGCAAGGACUACAAGGAGCUGGUUGCGCAUCAUGUGGUCACGCUGGCUCUCAUUGGAUUGAGCUAUAGGUUUCACUUUACACACAUGGGGAUUGCCGUGUAUAUAACCCACGAUAUCAGCGACGUCUUUCUUGCUCUCUCCAAAUCCCUCCACUACAUCGACAGCCCCCUCGUCGUCCCCGUUUACGUCUGCAACAUCUUCGUCUGGUGCUACCUCCGCCACUACAUCAACCUGCGCAUCCUCUACUCCGUCCUCACCGAGUUCCGCACCGUGGGGCCCUACGAGCUCGACUGGGAGACGCAGCAGUACAAGUGCUGGAUCUCCAACGCAAUCACCUUUGCGCUGCUCGCGUCGCUACAGGCCCUCAACCUCUUUUGGCUCUAUUGCCUGCUGCGCAGCAUGUACAAGUUCCUCGUCUACCGCAUCAAGAAGGACGAUCGGUCCGAGUCGAGCGGCGAGGAGGAGGGGCAGCCUUUGGUGCCCGAGGGAGUUGAGGGUGGUCUUGAGAAGCCUGCUGCCGACGGAUCGUCAUAA